CAACAUACACAACAUGCAUACAUGGGUCAAAGACCCGUUGUUGACCAUCGAUGAAGCCUUUGUGAUCAGAGGCGGGACCCUUAUAAUGGGCGACCCCGCUGCCGUCUGGCUCAUCCACCAGCCCACCCAAAGGCGCCCCCGCACCCACCAAAGGAGCGCACUCUGGGACAUUGAAGUCCGUACCCUGCAACCCAAAGACGCUUCGUCGCAUCUCGCUAUCCUCGGCCACCCGAUUAUCACCCCCAGUCCCGCGGUUAUCAUGUAUUCCCCCACUAGCAGCAUCGGCUCCCUCAAGCGCACCUCGACCCGCUACAGGCCCGCGACGCCCAAGCAGGACAUCGAGCGCAUCCUCGACUCGGGCUACGCGUCCGACUCCGUCGUCGCGAAGGCGCGCCGCUACGACGGCGUGUACGUCGACAGCACCGGCGAGCUGCACGACCCGUCCUUCCGCGAGUUCCCCAGCCUUACCCACCUCUACGACCUGGAGCACAACCGCGCGCACCACAUGCUGCGCAACCCGGGCCGUGUGCGGAUCGCGAGCGAGGAGGAGGACGAGAUGUUCCUCAGCAACGAGCGCCCGUGCGGGUGCAAGCACCCUUACCCGUGCUCCCGCCCCUGCGACUGCCCGCGCUCCGUUUGCCCAUACGCGGCGCGCCGCUCUCCGGCCCCGAGCGCGGCUCCUCAGCCUCCCAUCACUUUCGCCGCGCCUGUGACAAAGACGGAGCGCAAGUCGAGUAUCUCCUCGGUCUUCUCGCGCAAGUCUGAAAGGUCCUCCCACUCGAGCAGCUCGCAUUCGCACCCUACCUCUGAGCCAAUUGCCGACGCCACCGUCGCUGAGGAGAGCGAAGGAGGCGACACCACUCUCGUCACCGACAAGGACACUGCGAGCGACUCGGAGCACAGCAGCGACCACACCUUGUGCAGUGAUGACGCUUCCUCGCCAGGCUCUAGCAAACUCCGCCGCUUCAGGUCUGGUUCUGCUUCGGCGGUUCUUACGAAGGCUGCGCAGGACAAGGCGCGCCCUUCCAUGUCCGACCACAUGCGCGAGCAGUGGGUGGCGGCCUCCCUCCCGGUGCGCCUCGGGCUCUUCCGCGCCGAGCGCAAGAUUCAAAAGCGCCUCGCCAGCCUCUCCCAGCGCACUGCUGGAGGAAGACCAACGGACGCCUUCAUUGCCGGCCGUCGUUCGCUUGAUGCGGCAUUCUGAACUAUGCAUCUCUCUCUCUGCUUUCUCUUCUUUCGCCUCAUUCUCCUAUGCAUCAUGAUACCCACACAUAUGACUCGCUUACCUCGCAUGCACCUUCAUAGACACAUUGUAUCAUUGACCGCACGUCUUUGGGAUUUUGGAUUGUAUACCUGCAGGAUUAGAUAUAUCAAUUACAACAUGGGUUUCAAGAACUUCGAAUGCUUCAGAAAGCGCGACACUCAGUCGUCGGACCCAUCUGACUCCACGUCCAUCACACCGUCCUCCAUUCGGAUUUGGUCAACGCCCUGGUAGGGCACCUUGUCCUUCAUCCACCUUCCCCAGAGCACGUCGAUGCGACAAAGUCCCGCCGCCGUCGCGCUGGCUAGCAUGCUCGACCGCG